AUGCGUCGCGGGUCGCCGCGGACGACGGCAAUCUGUCGCUGUUGCUGGCGCUGGUGGACGAUCGUUGGGGCGCUGAUCGGCUCGUCGGUGCUGGGCACGUCACUCAGCAGCAGCACCAGCGGCAGCAGCAGCACCGUGGCUCAGUUGGGCCAAGCGCCGGACGAGUGUCGCUGGACCGACGACUCCGCUGGCGACGGCGGCGACGGUUCCGCCGGUUUACUAACCCUCGUGUGCCACCUGCGGACCAUCAAUAGUGAGCUGGAAAAUACGAACUUUAGUGUCCUGCAGCCGGCCGCCACCGUGCGGCUGCGGCUGCGGUGCGACGAUACGCUGCUCUUCCAGAGCAGCCUCGCUCCCGGGAGCUUCCGGCAGCUAGUCACGCUGCGAUCGCUCUCGAUCGAGUACUGCAAGAUGGCGACCCUGGCGGACGGCUCGUUCCGCGGGCUGCGCGAACUCACCAAUCUCACUCUGCGCACCUACAACACCCGCGACUGGUCCGCGGUCAGUUUGGCCAUCGGGCCAAAGGUGUUCACCGGGGAGCUCGCCCGGCUGCAGCGGCUCGAUCUGAGUGUCAACAACAUGCGCAGCCUACCGGAGGGCAUGGUUUGCCCGCUCCCGACGCUCGAGCACCUCAAUCUGACCCACAACCGGCUGCGGGACAUAACCGGGCUCCACUUUAGCGCAUCGCUCAGUACGCGCGUUUCGAAGAAGUGCGGCGCCACGCUUACGGUGCUGGACUUUUCGCACAACAACAUCGACAGCCUGCCACCGGCGGCCCUUUCCGGCCUGGGGCGGCUCUCCGACCUGCGGCUCCAGGCCAACGGGAUGGCGUUCGUCGCCGAUCGAGCCCUUGAAGGCCUGCUAUCGCUGUCCCGUCUCGAUUUGUCACUCAAUCGACUCACCAACCUACCGCCGGAACUGUUUUCCGAGGCGAAACACAUUCGCGAGCUGUACCUCCAGAACAACAGCCUCAACGUGCUGGCUCCGGGUCUGUUCGGUGAACUGCGCCAACUGAUGGUGCUCGAUCUGGCGCACAACGAGCUGACGUCGGAGUGGAUCAACGGGGCCACGUUCGGGGGCCUGUCGGCGCUCGUGCUACUCGACCUCUCCCACAAUCGGGUGUCCCGGCUGGAGCCAUCAAUUUUUCGCGGCCUGGCUGCCCUACAGGUUCUGCGGUUGCCGGGGAACCGGAUCGAAAGUAUCGCCCCGAACACCUUCACCGAGCAACCGGCCCUUCACACGCUCGUCCUAUCGCACAACCGGCUCGCGGCCAUCGAGCAGCAAACGUUCACGGGCCUCACGCAACUCACGCUUCUAUCGCUUGACUUUAACCGGAUCGCGCGCAUCGAUCGGCACGCGCUGCUGCCGGGCGGCGGGACACUCCAGGAGCUGCACCUGAACGGUAACAAGCUGCUGCAGGUUCCGGACGCCCUGCGGGACGUGCCGCUCCUGCGGACGCUCGAUCUGGGCGAGAAUCACAUCGCGCACCUCGAGCGGGCCGGCUUCCGCGAUCUGGGCCACCUGUACGGGUUGCGGUUGACGGAGAACAACGUUGAAGUGUUGCGGCGCGGCACACUGGAUGGGUUGGUGUCCCUGCACAUCCUGAACCUGUCGCAGAACCGGCUUAAGAGCGUGGAGCAGUCGUGCUUCGAUAACAACACGGCUCUGCAAGCGAUCCGACUCGAUGGGAACUACCUCACCGAUAUUGCGGGGCUAUUUGCCAAGCUCCCGAACCUGCUGUGGCUCAACAUUAGCGACAACCACCUGGAGGUGUUCGAUUACGCCCUCAUUCCGACCGGCCUGCAGUGGUUGGACAUUCACGCGAACAAGAUCGCCGAGUUGGGCAACUAUUUCGAGAUCGAGUCACAGCUGUCGCUCAGCACGAUCGAUGCCAGUUCGAACCAGCUGACGGAGAUCACGGGCAGUGCGAUCCCGAACGGGGUCGAGUUGCUCUAUCUGAACGAUAAUCUGAUCGCGAAGGUCCAAUCGUACACGUUCUUCAAGAAGCCCAACCUAACGCGGGUCGAUCUGUUCGGGAACCGGAUCGCGACGCUCGACCCGAACUCGCUUCGCAUUUCGGCCGUGCCGGACGAUCGGGCGCUGCCCGAGUUCUACAUCGGCGGUAACCCGUAUCAGUGCGAUUGUCAGCUUAGCUGGCUCCAGCAACAGCAGCAGGCCGGUGGGGGUGGCCGCCGGUCGUCGCCAUCCGUCCGCACCCAGCCCCGGCUGAUGGAUCUGGACAGUAUUUACUGCCGGUUGCUGUACAAUCGGGGCCGCACGUACGUGCCGCUGGUGGAAGCUCAACCCGAUCAGUUCCUGUGCCAGUACGAGUCACACUGUUCGGCCCUGUGCCACUGUUGCGACUUUUACGCGUGCGACUGCAAGAUGGAGUGUCCGGCCCGGUGUACCUGUUACCACGAUCAGGGCUGGACCUCGAACGUGGUCGAUUGUUCGCGGGCCGCCUACGGUGCGGAUGAUGACCACCACGGUGAUGGCCGGUUACCCGAUCACAUCCCGAUGGACGCUACGCAGCUCUAUCUGGACGGGAACCACUUCCCGGCGCUCCCGAGCCACGCGUUCUUGGGCCGCAAACGGUUGCGAAUCCUGUUCCUGAACGGUUCCAGCGUGGAAACGAUCAGCAACCGUACGUUCUUCGGACUGGGUGGGCUGGAAACGUUGCAACUUGAUCACAAUCUAAUCGGCGCCCUCGGCGGGGUCGAGUUUGAUGGGUUGACCGCACUGCGGGAGUUGCAUCUGCACCACAACCGGAUCGGCGCGAUCGCCAACCACACGUUCGACGGACUGCACGGACUGCGGAUCUUGCGGCUCGAUCAUAACCGGCUGCUGGAGUUUGGUGGCUGGUGGCCAGCGAACCUGAAGCUUGCCGAAGCGCGACUCGCCGGCAACGGGUGGCCGUGUGAGUGCCGCUUUUUGGAGCGCUUCCGGGAGCAUCUGCGGCGGUACGAGGCCGUUGUUCGUGAUCGCACCCGGAUCCGGUGUUUGCCGGGCAACGCAACGGCGCAGAUUGCAGAUGUCGCUGAAGAAGGAGCCGGUUCCGGUGCUGGGCUGCUGGUGUACGCUGAUAACAGCACCACGCUGUGCGACAGUGCGACAUCCGGGUCGGAUGACCCAACGCCGGUGGGGGCCAGCAGCAAUCUGACGACGGGAACGGCGGCGGUUCAGAAGACGGUUCUGCCUGCCCAACCGAUGGAAGGCUACGUGCCGCUGCUGGUGACGGUUCUGGGAGCCUUUUCGCUGGUGAUCGUCCUCACGCUGGUGCUGUUCGUGUUCCGGCAGGAGAUGCGCGUCUGGUUCCACUCGCGGUACGGUGUGCGGCUGUUCUACCGGAACGCGGACAUUGAUCGGCGCGAGCGGGACAAGCUGUUCGAUGCGUUCGUGUCGUACAGCGCGAGCGACGAGGCGUUCGUGGCCGAAGAACUGGCACCGUCGCUCGAGACCGGUGAUCCGGCGUACCGGUUGUGUCUGCACUACCGCGACUUUCCGGUCGGGGCGUACCUGGCCGACACCAUCCAGCAGGCGGUCGAAUCGUCGCGGCGCACCAUCAUGGUGCUGUCGGAGAACUUUCUCCAGUCGGAGUGGUGCCGGUUUGAGUUUAAAUCGGCCCACCACGCGGUGCUGCGUGAUCGGCGCCGCCGGCUGAUCGUGAUCGUGUUGGGCGAGGUACCGCAGAAGGAUCUGGAUCCGGACAUUCGGCUGUACCUGAAGACGAACACCUAUCUGCAGUGGGGCGACAAGCUGUUCUGGGAGAAGCUACGCUUUGCGCUGCCCGACGUGCCGAACAACAGUCGCCGGCCGCGCCCGGUGUCACACGAACACCACCAUCACCACCCGAAUUCCAACGCCACGGCGGCAAUGCACCACCACCACCAAUCACCGGCGACGGCGGCUGGGGUAGGACCCGCGGAACUGACCGCGAAUCCCAAGGAGUCCCGAGUCGGCGGGAUACACAUCUGA